AUGGAAGGAAAAAUUAAGACAAACUUGUAUGUUAAAAUUUGUUCGUUUAUACUUUUAAUUUGGAUAUGCAAUUUUUACAAUGACGAGAGUAUGUAUAAUAAUUCUUUGUAUGAGAGGCAUAAUAUAGGUGGAAAAUUAUAUACAAGAACAUAUCGAUUACUGACAUUGCAUAAACGGGAACAUGGAUCAAAUAAAGUAGGGUUAAAAGAAAAAAUAUCACUUAAUAAGGCAUACGAAAAAAACAAACAAUAUAAUGGAUGUUCUAUAAUUAAUGCAAAAGGCUAUAACAAUUCUAGGAAAAGUAAACCUUCUGUAAACCAUGAAGGAUAUACAUAUAAUAAAAAAAAGUUGUUGGACAAGAUAUAUUAUAUAAAUAAAGUUAGGAACUCUAUGAAUCUUGACACCAAGUAUUUAAGAAUGACGACAUAUAAUAAUUACAAAUUUUUUUAUGCUUUACCUUUAUUACUUCUGUUAGCUGGAAUAUUAAUUUUUGUAUUAGAAAAAUAUUUAGACGUUACAUUUCUUUAUGAAGCGUUAUCAAUUGCAGGUCAGUGGAAUAUAUCGAUGUUAAGUAUAAUACUUGUCUCGGUAUUUACACUUAUAGUUUUACCAACGUUUAUUUAUAUAUUUAAAAAUCUUGUAAAAGAUAAUAAGUCAAUAUAUCUAAAAUCGAAAUUGUAUAAUACGAAAUAUCCUUAUUUCACCAAUCUAGACUAUUAA